GGUUCGUUUGCUCAUUCAUUUAUUUAUUCCCUUAGCCCUCCAUUUGGGAGUUUAUAUAUUUGUUUGCACAUUCACUGAGUGAGGACCAAGCUGCUUACUCAGCCAGCCCCCCAAUGAACAUUUCUGUAGCUUCUUCUGUGUGCCUGGCCCUGUGCCCAACGCUGGGGACACAAGUGAUAAAAAUAUGGCGCCGCUGUGCUGCGCAGGAGGCUGGACCGUGUGUGGGCCAGGGUGGCAAGUGCUGGCCCUGACACGCUACUGGACAUUGCAGGGGCUCUGCCACACGCGUGUCUUUGCAGGCAUGAGCCCGGCCUCCGUGACUCUGGCCAGUGCCCUGCAGGUCAGGGGCGAAGCUCUGUCUGAGGAGGAAGUCUGGUCCCUCUUGUCCCUGGCUGCUGAGAGGCUCCUGGAAGACCUUCGUGAUGAUUCCUCGGACUAUGUGGUCUGCCCCUGGUCAGCCCUGCUUUCUGCGGCUGGAAGUCUUUCCUUCCGAGACCAUAAUUCUCACACGGAGGCUGCUCCUUUCAAGGCCCCUGAACUGCUACAGGGACAGAGUGACCAUGAGCAGCCGGACGCAUCUCAGAUGCAUGUCUACUCUUUAGGAAUGACCCUCUACUGGUCGGCGGGGUUUCGUGUUCCACCAAACCAGCCCCUGCAGCUCCGGGAGCCGCUGCACUCCCUCCUGCUGGCCAUGUGUGAAGACCAGCCCUGCAGGCGGCUGCCACUGCAGGCCGUUCUGGACGCGUGUCGGCUUCAUCAGGAAGAAGUGGCCGUCUACCCAGCCUCUGCCAGUCUCCACGUCAGACGGCUGGUCGGCUUGGUUCUGGGCGCCGUCUCUGAGGGGGAGAGGAAGGUGGUGGAAGAGAGCUCCUCUACACAGCAGGACAGAAGCUACCUGCUCAGGACCAGGCUGCACCAGGCGAGCUUUGAGAGCCCGGCGGCUCGGGCCCCGGAGGGCCUGCAUCCCUGCAGAGUUUCAGAGAGAAGCACAGAGACCCAGAGUUCCCUGGGGCCUGGUCUGAGCGCCUCAGCACACAGUCGCUGCAACAUCUCCAACAGCACUCUUCCUGUUGAAGCUUCCCAGAACCUACAGGAGGGCCGGCGGCUCAGCUCCGGAUCGGCUCUCUCUGCGGCAGCAGAAAACUCACGGCCGGCAACUCCUUCCCAAAGGAGUUUCCUGCAGAAAAAGGGAAAGUUCUCCAGGCCGGAGUUCGUCCUGCUGGCUCGAGAGGCCCCGGUGACUUUGCACCUGCCUGGAUCUGUUGUGACCAAAAAAGGGAAAUCCUAUUUGGCUCUCAGGGACCUUUCUGUGGUGCUGCUGAGCGGGCAGUGUCUGGAGGUGAAAUGUGACAUCACGUCGACAGCGGGGGCUGUCUUCAAUGCUGUCAUGUCAUUUGCCAACCUUGGGGAGCUCACCUACUUUGGCUUGGCUUACAUGAGGGGCAACGAGUUCUUUUUCCUGGACACCGAAACCAGGUUGUGCAAGAUAGCCCCCGAAGGCUGGAGUGAGCAGCCCCGGAAGAAGACCUCCUCGAAUACUCUCACACUCUUUCUGAGGAUCAAGUUCUUUGUCGGUCACCGUGGGCUGCUCCAGCAGAGCCGGACAAGACAUCAAUUUUACCUGCAGCUUCGAAAAGACAUCCUGGAGGAGAAGCUGUACUGCAAUGAUGAGACGCUGCUGCAGCUGGGUGUCCUCGCCUUGCAGGCCGAGUUUGGCAAUUACCCUGAGGAGCAGGUAGAGAGUAAAGCCUACUUUCGAGUUGAAGAUUACAUCCCAGCAAGUCUGAUUGAGAGAAUGACUGCAUUCCGGGUCCAAGCCGAAGUCUCAGAGAUGCACCGUCUGAGUCCUGUGCUCUGGGGAGAGGAUGCUGAGCUGGAGUUCUUGAGGGUCACCCAGCAGCUCCCGGAGUAUGGUGUGCUGCUUCAUCGAGUUCUCCCAGAGAAGACAAGUCCAGAAGGCGAGAUGGCCUUGGGGAUCUGUGCCAAGGGUGUCAUAGUAUACGAAGUGAAAAACCACAUCAGAAUUACAACUUUACAGUUUCAGUGGAGAGAAAUCUGGAAGAUUUCAACUUGCCGAAAGAAGUUCACCAUCACAAGCAGCAUCACGGGGAAAAAGCACACGUUUGUCACCGAUUCGGCCAAGACCUGUAAAUAUUUACUGGGCCUCUGCUCCGCCCAGCAUGGGUUCAAUGCUCAGAUGAGCUCGCCCCGAGUCCCAGCUGACCAUGAUAAGUGUGUGCAAAUGGCCAAUCUGAGUCUUGCACACCUGGCCCAGCCCAAGCCUCUCACUUGGAUUCAGAGAUUGUCGCGCUCAGAGAACACUCUGUUCACGCCCAGGCUAGAGGACGCCACAGGAGGCCUGCUGCGCACAUCACUGGAUGACUUCGCCAUGGAAUCCAGCAAGGAGACAGGGCCACAAGGCAUUGGAGGCAGGUGGGUUUGGCACAUCUGUUCUCUGGGCCCAAACCACCAGGGACUUGGUGCUCCAAGUGAUCUGUACCAGAAGAAAUUGUUUAGAGGAUGUCAGAUGUCUGAGGGAAGUAUACACUCCUUGGAUAAGUAUCAACUAAUUCCAGAAAUUUUUUGAAGGCAAGCUAUGGGUGAAGUCUGUGCUAACUACUAUAAGGCAGGCUUCCCGUCUCGCUGCUACAUUGCUUCUUUCUUUUGGUGGAGAAAGAACUAGGUGAUAAUACGAAACUGAAGAUGACAAAAUAAACAAGUUACA